GACUUUAUUAACAUUGUAGUUAACUUUUAGUAGUUGAUAAAAACAUUUAUAAGAAAACUAUUCGUUUCUAUAAUUGUUAGAAUUAAAAGAAAACAAAAAUCUAACCUUUCCUUAAUUAUAGAUAUUAAAUAGACGUAUAAAAUAUUUCUUGUUAAACAUAGAAUUAUAGAAUCUAAUAUGGGUGGCCAUGGACAUGGACACGAUACUAUUAAAAUACCUUCUUCUGACUGUUAUAAGAUAGAAAAUUCUCCAGCAUUAGUAAAAUUUCAAGAACGUUUAGCAAGUGAAGGUUUAGAAGAUCCAUGGUUAAGAAAUGAGGCAUGGCGUUAUCAUCCUGAUUAUAAAACAAAAACACAACGUGUACUGACGUAUUGUCUUAGAGGUUGGAAGAUUGGUAUUCCAGCAUUCUUAAUAACUGUAGGAAUUGAACAAUUGUUAGCAUUGAAUAAAAAAGAUGAUCAUGAUCAUGGUGAUCAUCAUUAAUAUAAUUAUGUCCAUAAAAUGCAAGAAUUGCUAAACUAUUAAGCAGUACUACAAGUGUAGAAAUACAAAAAUAAAUUACUGGGUAAAUA